CUCCAGUUUGUUUUUCCGGUGGCUAUGGCUGCUUCCGUGGUUGCGAAGCUGCGGAGGGGUCUCCUGCCCCAGGCGGGCCUGGUACCCAUCCUCCAGACUGUGCGCUAUGGCUCCAAAGCUGUAACCCGCCACCAUCGUGUCAUGCACUUUCAGCGGCAGAAGCUAAUGGCUGUCACUGAGUAUAUUCCCCCCAAACCUGCCAUCAACCCAAGAUGUCUGCCACCACCUCCUAGGCCCCCAAAGGAGGAGUCAGGCCUCAUCCGGCUCCUCCGUCGGGAAAUAGCAGCAGUUUUCCAAAAUAACCGAAUGAUAGCUGUCUGCCAGAAUGUGGCCAUAAGUGCAGAGGACAAGCUUCUCAUGAGGCACCAGCUGCGGAAACAUAAGAUUCUGAUGAAGGUCUUCCCCAACCAGGUCCUAAAGCCCUUUCUGGAGGAUUCAAAGUACCAAAACCUGCUGCCCCUUUUUGUGGGGCACAAUCUGCUGCUGGUCAGUGAAGAGCCCAAGGUCAAGGAGAUGGUGCGGAUCUUAAAGGCUGUGCCUUUCCUGCCACUACUGGGUGAGCAAGUAGCAGUGCCAGAAGGGGGUGAAAUGGUUGGGUGCCACAGAGCCUGGUGCCAUCUGCAAGGAACAUCCUGUCACUUAUGGAGCCUGAAUCAACAGCAUGAUUGUUGA